AUGCAAGACGUGGAGAAAAAGGAAAUCAUCAAAUGGUUGGAUGCUGGAGUCAUAUACCGUAUUGCAUAUAGUAGUUGGGUGUGUCCUGUUCAAUGUGUACCUAAGAAAGGUGGGAUUAUUGUGGUUCCUAAUGAAAAAAAUGAGCUUGUCCCAAUUAGGCCAGUAACUGGAUUGAGAGUAUGCAUGGACUACCGCAAGCUAAAUGCCUGGACAAAAAAAGAUCACUUCUCGAUACCGUUCAUGGACCAGAUGCUGGAUCAUAUUACUGGUACGGGUUUGUAUUGCUUUCUAGAUGGGUUUUCGGGCUGUAAUCUAAUCUCCAUAGCUCUGGAAAAUCAAGAUAAAACCACCUUCACAUUUCCAUAUGGGACUUUUGCCUUUAAAAGGAUGACAUUUGGGUUGUGUAAUGCUCCAACAACUCUCCAGAGGUGUAUGAUGUCGAUAUUUUCAGAUAUGGUGGAGGAUACGAUAUAG